AGUGAAGCUCAGGAUUGCAGACAAGUGGUGCAAAAUCCUCCCAGAAUAAUCGCAAAGCUCACCACCAGCAUGUGCUUUUUUCAUGUCACCUUCUCCAACAGAGAGCUGUAACAACUUGUGCAUAUCUGCUUAUCUAUCUAGACAAAACAUUGCUCAGUGCAUGUUUCCUCCCCAGGAAGAGGAUGAGAAGGCAAGCUGUUGCAUCUUUCUAGUUUACUAUUUAAGGCUGUGUAUCCAUGCUGAUGAGCACAGCAGAAGAACCCACACAGACACAGGACUGUUACCUCUUUCUACUUGCAUCAUGCAUUUUUUGUGCUCCUGCAUGGAUAGUUAAGGAGAAUGAGAGCUCAAAACUGUUCCUCUUGUGACAUUUUAGUAACCUAAGCAUUCCUCUAACAUGAAGGGACUGCAGUUACAGAGGUAGCAGAGUGCUGAAGUAGAAACAAUGAUAUUUAAUUGUGUUUAGUUUCCAUUCAGGCCCAUAAUGGUGUUGCCUGGAAUGGAAAUAGGGCUCUAAUAAAGAGAUAAAAUUGAUCCUGUUUCUGGAUGUCCACACCCUUAUCUCUACAAGCGUUUACUUCAAAGCCUAGUUUAGAGGGUCUGAGUGAUACUGUUGUUUGCUGAGGAAGCCAAGCAGUGCAAGCAUAGCCUUUUUAAAUGCAUGAAAGAAAGCAAAAUGCUUAUACUUUGCAUAAUACCCUUGGGUCAUGUAUCAGGUUUGUGGCUGAAGAUGAUUGUUGAGAUGGGUCUUGAUGUAAUUUACUUCGCUUAGGAAAGAGAAUGUCUUUGAAAUGAAUGUGAUAGUGGCUUUUCUAAAUGUUUUUUUGUGAAGGCUCCAGGGCAUAAGAUUUGAGUCACUUAGUAAAGGAGGCUCUCCCGAAAUUAAUGACUUCAAAAUAUUUCCAUUUGAACCUGGCAGGAAGCCAGCAAAUCACCCCUCUGCUUCAAGGUGCAAACUCUCUCAUUCACCUGAGCAGAAAGCAGAUCUAAUGCCUACAGAAUGCCAGGUCUGUCACUCAGGAGACAUUAGAAACACACAGUGGUAUUACCAUUAUGACUGUAGAAGUUAUUAAUUUAACAAAAUAAAUUUAUUUUUUUUCCCAACAAUAGCAGUGUGGCAGCACCAAUUCAGGUUACAGUAGUAUGAAUAGCAAAUACUUUCAAAAGUGUGUGAUACCAGAAUGUGCUUGUUUCUUUUAAUUGUUGAAGUCACUCUUAUUGAAGAGGCUGUUUGUCUGGUUCUAAAUGAUUGCUAUUCUUUGAUUAUACAUUAGGCACAUUGAAGUAUAUCCUGUAGUCAAAGUGUAAAGGCACAAAAAUUAUAAUUAGGGUUUGAAAAGGUAUAGUUGGUUAUCCUAUUUCAGAGAGUUCAAGCCUGUACCUUUCGAUCUGCAUCGCUGCUCCCUGCCUGUGUUGCCUGUGCAAGGCUGAUUCAUGAGAAGUCUAAGCCUUUAUCUCUUUAACUGUGGAGUUACAGAGCUUCUUUGUGGGUUUCCAUUUUCAGUGUUAAAGGGAGCUUACAGCCUAGGAUUAAUACGGGACAACCAACUUGACUGAAAUUCAACUUGUAGUCUGUUAACAAAAGCUCAAGGCAGCUCCAAAAUUAUCACCAGGCACUUGAAAAUGUUCAGUGAAGAAAACAGCAUAAGAAAUAUUGUACUUAUUUACAAAAAAAAUUUAAAUUAUAUCCAAUAUUCAGUGGUAAUCAGAUGGAUCUUCUGUAAGAGGGUUAAGAGGAAAGGAGAAAAGACAAAAUCAAACAAAGGCUUUGAAUUGAGCCCUGAUUGAAAGAUGGUAAUUUCUAAUUAUGUGUAGGUGUGAUGCAAGUUAAUAUUCAGUGUCUCUGCCCUCUGAGGGUCUUCAUCCACUUAAGAGCUGUAAUUUUACACCAUAUUUAAUAUUUUUGUUUUGAAGCAAACAGUGCCCUGGUUGCCCUGAGAAAUGGCAUAUCCUUUAACUUGACGUUCCACAGGACAGAAGGUAAAAAGAACACUGCCUAAUGACACAUCUUGCGGUUAAGACCUGUAAGCAUUAGGAGAGCCAUUUAUAAUAAACCACUUGUGUAUUUGACUUAAAUGUGACUUAGAUGUGGACAAGGGCAUGGCUAGUCUUGCACUGGGAAUUAAGAGCAACUUACCCAUUUUUGGUAGAGGCACUGCAGUUUGUAAUGAGUGUAGGACCCUGGCAGUCAGGCCCUACAGAUGUUACAGUAGCUCCCAUACACUUCCCAUAUAACUAUAUCUGCUUUAUCUGAUAGUCCCAUAUUGCUUCUUGUGGCUCCUAGCAGUUCUUGUUUGUUGUAUUUCCAGAGCAGAGAGCCCAAGGAUUUUUUUUCUUGUUGCUCCCAUCUAAGUGAGGCUCACACCUAAUUCACAGUGGUGUCAGCUGAGGUAUCCUGAGAUGCUUUUUCCUAGCAGCUCUGUUUCAUAUGAGCUGUUACAGGCUAGAAGUUUGGUGAGAGGAUCAGGUAAAUUAUCUUCUCUCUUACUAGGUGGGUUAGGUAUAUUAUAAAGUAGUCAGUACCAGUGUAUAGGACCCUAGGUAUGAGAGGAGUAUUGUGUGGAACAUUUGUUUUCUUCCAGAAAGGAAGGGUUUGGUGACAGAUCAAAUUAGGUGCCCCAGUCUCACCCUUCAGUAAAACAAAAUAUCUGGUGUCAGGCUGCAUCUUUCCCCCUCCAGGGAUGACUUCAUACGCCAGCAUUCUGUCUUCUAAAAUUGUGUUUUGAAAAUUCUUUUGAUUAUUUGGAGCAAAUACUACUGCAUGGAAGCAGAGGAAUUUGAGAAGAUUAUGAGUUUUCCUUUUCUCUUUCCUGUAUUUCUUUUCCUCUGCGGUUAUCAUAUUUUCAUGAGCUAUUUCUUGAGCAACACCACAGUGAGCCACUCCGUGGGAUGGAGAGUAAAAGUUGAUGUAAAAAGGCAUUUCAAUAAUAUGUCACUUCACCAUCUGAGACUGGAUUUUGUCUUUGCAUUUUAGGUCUGUAGAGCACAAGCCCAUUUGUAGAGAUUUGCACUAGAGACUUACUAAAACGUAAGAUUGAACAUUAACUACAAACAGAUUCUUUCUCACAGGGAAAAACAGGCUUACUUUUCGAAUUCUGUUUAAUGAAACAAAAUCCUCAUUUAACAAGCCCUCAGUUUCGCUGCUAACAGUAGCAGUGGGUUAAACAUCAGUCUGAAAAUUAAUCACAGUUGUCCUCAUGUAGCCUGAAAACUAGUUUCAGAAGUGUUUUCAGAAAGGGUUUCAAUAAAGUAGGAAACUUCUGGGCAUUUUCUUUUUUCAUGACUUACAAAAUGUACUGUCCAGAAUUCUAAUAAUAGAAAAAAUACUACCUUGGUAAUUUAAUAAAAUGUUUAUUUCCAUGUGUACAGCCCAACAAAAGGAUAAUCUGGAUGCUCUAUAUGAUAAAGGUGUUGCCCACCAUUGACAGUAGAGUCCCUCUUCUCUACAAGAAUUUAACAGGUAGUAGGAGAAGUUGGCUCCUCUUACACUUGGGCUUUAUGGAACCUGCAAUAAAAUGGCUAGGAUUUUCUCUUCAUCUUAUUUAAUGAUCAGAGUUGGAGGUGGUGGACAUUUCCACUGCAGCAACUCAGCUGAAGAUGCCCUUAGGAACUGGAAUCUAUCCAGAUUAUAUUUUCACUUAUCAUUGUGGCACUUCCCUGUGGCAGCUAGACAAUUACGACACCGUAGCUGUUGGACUGCUGUAAAAAUCACAGCAACUUGAAAGCUCUUCUAAAUCAUAGCAAAGAGCCUUGUCUGUACCCUGAAAUUCACAGAGCAUUAUCAGCAAGCACACAACAUCGGUGACCGAUUGGGAAUCAGAUGAGAUUUGCAGCUUGUUUGAUGGCCAGUCUCCUCCUGCUGAAGAAGAGGGGGAAGCAGUUUUUCUUGCAGUCUGAUAUUUCUCUUCUCCAUCCCUCCCUAGCAGCUUGCAGGCUUGCUUUUAUAUGACCCUGCAGGAUCAUAAUACUGGUCCUGGGUGAACAUGAACAUUUUUUCUGUCUUCACCUCUUUCUCUCCUCCCACCCAUCCCAGAUGAAGUGGCAGGUGGACUGAGUGGGAGCAGUGUGAACUCAAUGCAGAGAAAACGUGUGACUCAGCAGUUCAGCAGGGAGCUGUGGAGCAAAAAGGCAGCUAUUCUCCUUGCACACUCUGGCAUCAGGUUGCUGUUCCCUCAGUGACAAGAAGAGGCCCUUUACGGAUGGAGAUGUGCAGCCCCCCAGCAUGGUAAAGGGGCUGCACAGUCUUUUCAGCAGAACAUAUUUCAAGUAGAGAGGAAAGUUUCUUCUUCAAGUUUGUUAGAAAUGCUGCCAGUGAAAAGGGAGAAGCAUCAGGCUGGAAUUAUAUAGAUCUCAGAUAUCUGCAUGACUCGCUCACAGAUCUUCUGUGACUUUCCCUCGUCCUUUCUCUCUUGAUGCGGCUUUCCCUUUAGGUAAUCAGAGUUUGACAUAAGUAGCAGCCAGAUUCCACCAGCUGAGCUUGGGAAAUGCAAGUCUACAGUACUGUUCCUUGCAAGUAGAUGACACCCCUUUUCCUCUGCACUGUCAAAGAACUCUACAGAGAGCCCUUGCCAUCCUCAGAAGGAGGCUUCUGGCUUUCCCCAUGCUACCCACCCCUCAUGGACAAGCAAGUGCUUGGAUAGUUGUGGGUUAUCCUCUGUCACACAAAGAUAAAAUAAUCUUCUCACUCACAGUUAGGGAGGGGCCAUUGCAGUGUCUAUCUAAGCAGUUUUGUAACCACUAAAAGGUUGUGGUAUUUUCUUACCAAUUCUAUGUUUGCCUUUCAGAACAGAGGGCUGAAGUAGAUUUUUCUGUAUAGACUAAUUAACAGCAGGUAGACAUUUUAUAUCACUGGUUGUACUUACUAAAAGCUCAGUUUUAAAGUUGUAAUGUGCAUCAUUGUCACUGAAUUUCCCCAAAACACACACACACACACACACACACAAAAAGAAAGCAAGCUGUGGGGUGGUGUUCUCUUGAAUCUUCAGAGGGCCUGAAGCAAUGUCACUGGAGAGCUGUUGAGCAGCUAAGUUCCCCUUGAUGGGAAUAUCAACCCAUGAAUCAGUGUGAAUGAAAUACAGAUAUUUCCAGUGUGAUCUUUUUUAGCAAAAGUAUUCAGCUUUCCCAAAUAGAAUCCUUGAAUGUUAGAAAUUUCAGUUGUUCCCUACACAGCUAUGAAUACCUGUAGCCUGGCUUAGCUCAUUCUUACAGUCCAGGGUAGAUAGACUUAGUGCAAACUAAAAGUAUUAGAAAUUUUAAGCUGAAAUUCAUCUCAGAUUAAGUAACAUAAGAGACUGACAACCAUGUCUCUGGUGUGUAGGCUCAGUCUUGGUGAAGAGUCUUCCAUUCUUCUGUGAAGUGUCAGAGAGGGUAGUUCCAGUUUCUUGCACCUCUUACUUAAAUUGGUGGUACAUCAGGCUUAUUUCUUCAUGGGUUCUGUUACAGAGAAGAGUUUGAAGUCUGCAGUCCUACCAAGGACCACAGGAUGGACUAGGAUCAAACUGGCUUCCAAUUUGAUACAGAAGUGAUUUCAGGGUUGCUUUGAUGCCUUGCAUUAUUUAGUGGUAAAUGUCGUGGGAUCCAUGGAUCUGCCUGGCUUGUUGCUUGUGCUUGAAUUAAGCUGUCUGAUACUUUCUGAAGUAGCUCUCAGUGUGGUUUUGCAUUACAAAUGCAAGAUCUACCAACCACAAGCUUUUGGCAGCUAGAACUUGGACUUUAUCCAGAACAGAAUUGGAGGUACUGAGAUUACAUCAUUGUAAAUCCCCUCUAUCUCCAGUCAGUCAGUAGUAGGUAGCUGUGGGGUGCAUCUGGGGGUGUCUUUCUUUGCAGCUUUUAAUCUGGAUACUUUUGGGGCCUAGAUGCUCUCCUCCUGAGCAGCAUUUUACUCAGUCAUUUGAAAAACAUAAAUGUAUUGAACUCUCGUAAACAGAGAAGGCCAGGCAUCAAGCAGAGUAGCAGUUGUCAUGAUGAGAAAGGUUAAAAAAAUGAAUAAUGGGGAAGCUAGCAUCCCCAGUUUUCAACACAGAUCAUUAUAUCUUUAGUGUAAAUUUUCAACAUAACUUAUCAGAUAAGUUAGGAGUGCAGAUAGAAUCAAGAAGAAACAGACUUUCCUCGGUGGUGAAUUUUAUCUGUAUGUAAACAGUAAUGAUGCUGCUUCUGUCACAUUUACUGCUUAAUAAAUUAGAUUGCUAUUCAUAAAAAAGUUCAGGAGAUGUUUAGGAGUUAUAAAACAGUGACCCACGAGUUGGUUUCCUGCAGAGCGAAGAAUGUAAGUACAAAAGUUGCCUUUGCUAUGCAAGUAUGAGAGGUCCCCUUCCUGUUACCCGCUUCUUCCCAUACCACUGCAGUGCAAGAGAAAGCUAAUUAUUCAGUUUCCAUCUUUCUCAUGCUGCAGUGGCAACCAAGAAAACAGAUAGGUAUUGGCUAAGAAAACAUUCUCCUAAAGGUCUAUUCUUUGGAUAAGACAGGCUUUUUACCCUCUAGCACAAGCUGCCUCUUGUGCACUCUGAGGCAGUUCAUUCAGCUUUGAUGUGUCUUUCCAGCACCUGGACUUGCCUGCAAUCAGGAUGUCUUGUGAUGUGUGUAUUUAACAAGGUCUUGACCAAAUCUGUGAGCUGUUGCCAAGGGCUAUGCCCUGUGUAUGCAGUUGAGGUGCAUGUUAAAAUUCUUUUCAGCAAUGGACUGAGACCCAUCUCAAUAGUGUGCUUUCAUCUACUGUUCUUUCAUCAAUAUCAGUUCUCCCUAGCAGUUAGAUGGAAAUUAGAGGCAGAGAUUUCAGUAGGCAGUUGCAUUUGGGCAUCUGAAGAUGCAGAGGCUGUAAACUGACUUAUGACUCUGGUGUGAAGUGUUGGUAAUCUUGAUGGAUGUGAGCUAUCACUGGCAUGUUCAUACUUUGUUGUGCUUCCACUCUGUGGUCCAUUCCUACAGAUUCUCACCACACAUGGCCAUAAUCAAGAUGUGGACAGGUUCAGAGGGAUAUCCUCAAUACACCUAGAACAAUUAGGGGCAAUGCAGCCAAGCUGCUGUGGUGUGUUUGCUGCUGCAGCUUGAGACUUGGCAGAGCAGGUGAGGCCCCUUUUGCCCUCCUGUCUUCUAUGUCUGGAAGGUAGAAUUCACCAUUAACAAAACUUGUAUUUCCCAGUGAAGAGGCAGUACCAUCCAACCCAGAAUCACAAUUCCCACAGAGACAGUGUGAUGGAUAUGCAUAAAUGCCUAAUGCCUGUAUGAGCACUGUCUUUUCAUUGCUGGGGUGUGUUUUCUUUCUGUUAUAAAAACAGCUUUGUUGAGGAACAUCUUUCUCUCAAAAAUAUAUUGUUAAAUUAAGUCUGUCAAUGGAGCUGUGCCAAUUCCUUGAGCAUUAGCACCCAUGCACAAGAGAGGACACAAGUUCCUUUUAAAAUGUUAACUUCAUUAGGAAAUACAGCCACGAUGUGAGGUUCUGAGGGGCUGGUUUUUUGUUUUGUUUUUCUCUGAAGGCUUUAAGUAUGAAUCAGUUGAGUUACAGAGCUGCUAAUGCCUCACCCACAGCAGGAUUUGAUGGGAUCGUGACAUAUUUGUUACUGUAAGGCUUUGUUGACUUGAUUGUUAUUGCUACAGUGCCUUUUAAUGUUUCAGCUAAGACUAGUACUUUAAGCACUUGUUUUUCCAAGUUAUAUAGGUGCUUUUUUAUUCUUCUGCCUGUUAUGUACCCAUAUAUGAAGUCAGGAAAAAAAAAAAAAAAGAGAUACUGGGGGGUUAAAAUGUGCAUUGCCAGAGUUAUAGAAGCCAGCUUUUACCUCCUGAGUGAAGAAAGAUGUUUCCCUAUAUAUACAUAUUAUUCCAUAAUAUGAUAAUGUGCUGUGCUGUUUAUUUUUGGCAGCUAGUUUUGGUGGCACUGUGUAAAGAAAGAAUACAGGAUGAAUGGAUCCCUGGCAUGAUCCAGAAAGUGCUUUUCCCUGAACAGCAAGAAGGAGUUUAAGUUUAUCAUGCUGUUUUGAAAUUUCAACUUGCUUUCACAAGCCAUAUGGUUGCUACAGAUGUCAGAGACCUUUUAAUUCUUCUGCCAAAAGGUUUUUUUUUCCCUAGCAAGUGUAGUCUUGUACCAAAGCAGAAGUACUCAUGGAAAUUGAAUCCCCAUCUCCGUGAUGCAGGAAAUGAGUAAGCUAUCACAUGGAUGCUACAUUUCACUGUCAGUCAAAUCACUAUCAGGAGAGAGGCUCAGUUCAUUCCUGGAUGCAGUCAUCCUUGCCAGCUCCUCAAGACCUUCACAUUCACCUUGACACAAGAAAGCUUCACUUGUGUUCCACUCAUUACCUCACCUACAACUGAAAGAAUCCUGGGCCCCUUAGGAUAAACAAUACAGGAAUACAGGAUUGCAAGAUGACAUGUGAGUGCUAAUUGAAGUAUUGUUUAAAGCUGGCAUAGUUAAAUCAAUAUAGAACCUGAGGUGGGCAUCAUUAUACUUCUUAGAAUCUAAUCUUCUGGGAUUUGUAGGAGAAAAAUUUUGAGUGGACUUUAGUUAAUUCUAGACCCUCUCUUUGUAUAUCCAAAACACGUAUCUGUUUAUUUAUAUGUAUAGAUUCAGCCAGUUCUCCAUUAUUUUAGUUCUUACACUUUUUACCCUCUGUUGUGCUAGUGAAAAUACCUCUUGAUAACAGUGUCAGUUCAGCAGAGCUGGAAUCCUGGGCUCCCAGGUCCACAGGGCAGGUCUCUACCUUAUGCAGUGAAAAUAAUUGAAAAUAAGAGUGCUCUAUCGUCCUUCAUAUGGGGCAGUUGUAAGAAGGAGAAUGCGACCCCUGCAGUUGUACAGGUGUUACUAGACAACACUGGAAUUCCUGGAGUUGGAAUUCUGGGCUGUGGAGAGGCACAGAUCCCCAUGGUUACAGAUACAGAGCAGUGCCCUAACUUCGACAUCUUAGUUCCAGAAGAUGCAGUUAAGUGGCCUUUUCGUCAUUGUAUUAUAUUCAAGGGGUUGUUUCCAACCAGAAAUGACCUUGUAAAAUCUCAGGCUCUUACAAGUAUGAAACAAAGAAAUGCUGUUUACCUGCUACAUAAGGCAGCACCUUUGGUCAGUUAAAAAAAUGUUCUGAAAUAUGAAAUAUUAUGACUUAUAAUAACCAGCUGAAAGCUAAGCAUGAAAUCUGCAUUCCUUGGCUCCUUGCAUUCUUUGGUCUGGUUGUCUUCUCAAUGUUUUAGUUUUGCACUGUGUAUAUUUUUAUCUUGAGAUUUGGGAAGGAGUAUGCAAGACAGGAAAUCAUCAGAACCUGGAGAAACAGUAAAUUUGUCCAUUAAUCAUUCUUAGGGAAAGAGGGACAUUAUUUAAUGCAGAUAAAGGAAAAGUAGAACUUAAACUAUGUUUAGUGAAAACGGAGGGUUAGAGACUUCUGGAGCAAACAAUAAAAAACUAUAAGAAAGUAGGUAUUUUUGAAGCUUUAGAUUUGAGACACAGGUGUGUGUCUCUCUGCAAGGAUGACUAAAAUAGUUUCUGACACGGAGAUUCUGUCCCUGCUAAAUUUCAAAUUCCUGUUCCAAAACACAGAACAUAAACAUCCCACAAAGUUAGCAGGAAAAAAUUGGCAAUCAUUAAUGAGUAUUUCCCUCUCAAUUCUUGUUCAAAUCUAGUGAGACAUGAAGCAGUUUAGAAGCUUAAAACUUUUCAACUUUAAGGACAGAGGUAGACUUCCCGUGAUGGCUAGCGUUAAAAGAGAAAAGCUUUUAAAGAUGAAUUCUUACUAUGGCCAGACCCUCAGCAGAUGCAAAGAUAUAUUUCAUCUGCCUGAUUGGAGCUGUGGCUAGUUAAUGGGUGCUUAUCUGACUUAGAGGUGCUACUGUGAGACAUUUAAAGAAAUGUUUGCCGAGAGGAACAUUUUGUAGAAACCUGACCUCAACAAACCAUGUAAGGACCCCCUUUCCCUGGGACACAAGAGGCUGGCUUAGGCUUAAGUCUGCCGUGUGUACACAGGGCAGCCUUGGGGCAUUCCUCAUGUACAAAGAUGUAAGUCAGUAAGACUUACACCCAAUGAUUCUGAUCUUUCACUCCUUCUCACUUGUAAAUGAAAUUAAUUCUACACAGACUCUAUUCAAAAUACAGUUACUGAGGGAAUAGCCACACCAGUGGUUAUUUUCACUGAACAGAACAGCAUUGCAACAUUAUUAAAUAGCUCUUGAGUAUGAAUUCAUCCAAGAAGUAGGUUAUUGGAAUAAAUUCUAUUUUAUUAGUGCCUUAGGACAUCCAGCCAAAACCCAGAGUCCCCGAGCACUAUUCAGACACAUAACAUGAAACAGUCUCUACCUCAGAAAUUUGUAAUUGGAUUAGACAAAGCAGACAAAUAAAAGAAGUAGAGAAAUUGAGACAGGAAAGGGAAAAAUAGGUUCUCUGCCAUCGUGUAGCUGGGAAAUGUGUAGCUAGGCAAUAGCACAGGUAGCUGCUUUUAAAAAGUGAAAAUGAGAAAGUGCAGCAAUGUAAAUGAGAAUUUGUUAACAAAGCCCAGAAUCUGCACCUCCGGAAAGAAAGAGAAAAUAAUUUAUCCUCCCACACUCACUUUUUUUCUGAUGAAAGCAGGUGAAUAAAGCUGCACUAAUAGAGUGUGACGCUUACAAUCCUGAGCUGCGCUUGCUGAGGCGGAACUGAGAGGUUGUUCCCGUCCAGCUGCUAUGGAGUCAGUGGAUGAAGCUGAAGGACGGCAAGGAGAGCUGAAGAGGAAGGAGCAGUCCCUGAAAGCCUCCCAGAAAACAGCAGUGCUCGGUUGGCCUCCCCGGUGGAAUGGAUUAAUCCCCGGAGACAGCAUGUAUCUGUUUGUCCUCUCUCAGAUACUGCUUCUCUGCAUGAUGCUGUGGUACAGCACUUACGGGACCAUCCCAGCAGCUCAGAAUGCUUUUGACCUGCUCUCUUACUUGCUUACCCCGUUUAAACAGGUUUUUUCAGAUCAAGGGGAGAGCCUGACUACAGUUGGGAGUGUUGUGGUAUCAUACAUCCUGCUGUCUUUGGCUUCUGUAGGACUGCUCUUUGUAGGAUCUCUGUUUUGGCAACUCCUCAGAGCCCGACCAGACCCCCCCUUUCCAGUGCAAGAGGACAGACGCCAGUCUGUGAGCCGGCAGCCUUCCUUCACGUACUCUGAGUGGACAGAGGAUAAAAACGAGGAUGACUUCCUAGAUUUGGAUCCUGUACCAGAGACUCCAGUCUUUGACUGCAUAAUGGAUAUUAAAGCGGAGACAGACCCAGCUACUCUGACGGUUAAAUCCAUGGGAUUGCAAGAAAGGAGAGGUUCAAAUGUUUCACUCACCCUGGAUAUGUGCACCCCAGGCUGCUCUGAGCAAGGCUUUGGCUAUGUCAUGUCCCCACGGGAGCAAUCAGCCCGAGAAUACCUCCAGACAGCAUCGAACAUCCUGACUGAGGAGGAGCUGCACAAGAAAGCACUGGAUCCUUUCAUACUUCAGGCAGAGUUCUUUGAAAUUCCAAUGAACUUUGUUGAUCCAAAAGAAUAUGAUAUUCCAGGCUUAGUGCGUAAGAAUCGCUACAAAACAAUUCUCCCAAAUCCGCACAGCAGAGUGUGCCUUACCUCAGCUGAUCAGGAUGACCCCCUCAGCUCUUACAUCAAUGCUAACUACAUCAGGGGCUAUGGAGGAGAGGAAAAGGUAUAUAUUGCUACUCAGGGACCAAUAGUUAAUACUGUCACUGACUUCUGGAGAAUGGUGUGGCAGGAGCGUUCUCCCAUCAUUGUCAUGAUUACCAAUAUAGAAGAGAUGAAUGAGAAAUGCACAGAAUAUUGGCCAGAGGAACAGGUCACCUAUGAAGGAAUAGAAAUCACAGUUAACAGAGUCAUACAAGCAGACGAUUACCGUUUAAGGCUCAUCACCCUAAAGAAAGGAGACGAAGUCAGAAACCUGAAACAUUACUGGUAUACGUCUUGGCCAGACCAGAAGACACCAGACCAGGCCCCUCCUCUGUUACAGCUAGUACUGGAAGUGGAAGAGGCCAUGCAGAGUGCAGAGGAGAAGAAUGCCCCAGUGAUUGUUCACUGCAGUGCAGGCAUCGGGAGGACUGGCUGCUUUAUUGCAACAAGUGUCUGCUGUAAACAGCUGAAGAACGAGGGCAUAGUUGACAUUUUGCGAACAGCCUGCCAGUUACGGUUAGACAGGGGUGGAAUGAUCCAGACUUGUGAACAGUAUCAAUUUGUGCAUCAUGUCAUGAGCUUGUACGGAAAACAGCUUUCUAGAGCAGCAGAAGAAUAAGUGUUCAUGAUAUUCCUAAAGGCUAAAGCCAGGAGAACUUUUGACUGCACUCAGAUACAUUUCAGAUCUGAUAAGAGACACAUGGUAACCUGGCUGUCUUAGCUGGAAAGAUACUAUUUUACUUUGAUAUUGCUUUUAUGCUCUUGUUUGCAUUGACAUUUAAGAGCUGAGAUAUGCCUUGUCUUAAACAUAUGUGACAGGACAUAAUCUUCACCAAAAAAGGCUUAUUUAUACUGUAAAUAAUAAUAGCAGCUUCAUUUGUUACAAAAGCAAGAAAAAGCCAGAAAAAUACAGUCUUCAGUUUGCUAUUUUUUAAAAGGUCAUUGCUAAUAUAUCCAAAUACAGUGUGAAAUUUUCUGAAUUGUCAUGCUGAAAUGUGCCGUAUGUUGACUAAGCUUGAAAGUAAAUUUUUGCCUCUUUCUGAUUGUUUUUACAUAUAAAUUUACCGAAUACUGUGUGUAUCGUAAACCUUCUGAGCCUCUGCAUAGAAAGACUCAAGUAGAUUCACGUUGAAAUGGUGUUUCACACAUCAUGUUCGCUUGUUUAUUUUUUCUAAAGCAGUCCACUACCAGUGUUAUCAGAACUAAGGGGGAAACAAUAUUUCAAUGAAUCAAAUUCUUGCCUCGAAUUCUUACCAGCAGUGUACCCCAGUAUCAUGACAGCGGGGUGAAUCUGAGUAGACAUUAAUCUGAACAUUAAUGCUUUGUGCUUUACCUUUUCUUUGUCAAUAUUUGGGCAUCUUAGUCAUCUGGCAAACAGAUUGUAUUUCUGCAAACAGUUUCCAUUUUUACAUAGAAUGCAAUUUCUUCUGAAAACUGAGAUUCUAAAUCAGGUGAGGAUUUUUUUUUAGUUCAUCUUUAUUAGCAGUCUAACAAUAAAAUAACUUUUAUUCUAUUAAUUUAUACUUGUUUCAAAGCUUUGAGGGUAACCAUGUGUCCAGUGCCUAUUAAUAUUAAUGCAAAUCCUAAAGGCAGCUUAAAAAAAAAAAAAAAAAAAUAUGAACUUUUUGGCUGCUUUGUGAUAAAUUUGCCCUCAAACCAAAUUUAGACAAUAAUUACCCCAUUCUAACCAGAGGUCCAGGCAACAGUGUUUCCUUUCCAGUAACAUAGACUGCUGCCUGUGCUUUUUGGUUUAGACUUCAAUCAGGCUGGGAAGAUUAUAGUUUGUGUUUAAUGCUUAGAGGUGAGCACAUGUUUUAGUGCUUCACUGAGCAGAGAAAAAUGGAGGUAGCAGGAUCCUUAACAUGAAAGAUGAGUAUUUUGUGAGUAGAAGCUCUGAUGACCUACUAAAAAUAUAUUUGCUUCUCUUUAUUUAUAACAAUAACCAAAACCCACGGCUUUUAUUAGUGCAGAGGAUUCUGCGAAUUUACUGCACUUCCUAAUCAGGAGAAGGUAAAGCAGCUCUCAGAACAAUAAGGGCUGAUCCUGCUCCCACUGAUGUUUUGCCAUUGACGUCAGCAGGUGCAGGGUAAGGCCUGAAACGUUACACCUACAACUUCAUCACUGUGGGGAAAAAGUUUCCCAAUAUUUCAGUACACAUCUUUGUGUUUAUUCUGUAUCCAUGAACCUGUAAAAAUCCUGUCUGCAGGGUUUGCAUGAAUGUGUGGCAAAAUGUGUUAUCUUUAAACCACUUGAUUUUAUUGCUGUAUUUAAAAUAUUUCCUUCAGUGAGAAGCUAGCAGAAAGAACUGGCAUUCUUUUUUAAAAUACUGGUGAUAGUCAUUAAAGAGAGCAAUAAACUUAAGCUUUUAAGCAUAA